AUGGAAAUUGGAGUCAGCUGGACACUUACUUCAUUCUGCCGAAGAUAUAAUAUUGCCGCACCUGCGAAAGGCCCAUCACUCUACAAGAAUAGGAGAGCAGCGAAAGGCGAGGCCUACGAGCCAACAAAAUAUGAACAUUGGGCGAACACUAUUUCUCAUGCUGUUGGAAUCGUACCCAGUGUGCUUGUCUUUCGGUAUAUGGUCUCUAUUGCACAUCGUGAUUUACAAUUUUAUCUGAUGAUCAUAUACGGCUUGUUUACGACUUUAUUAUUCUCAUCUUCCACUUGUUAUCACGCGUGCGAAUUAAAAUACCGUCAAAAAAGAGCACAGACACAGUUACGGUAUUACCUGCAUAUAUGCGAUCGAGCCGCCAUUUACUUGUUCAUAGCAGCGUCAUACACACCAUGGCUAACAUUACGACACUGUGGAUAUCCAGGACUGAAUCUCAAAUGGAUGAUUUGGGUCUUCGCUCUGCUGGGUAUACUAUACCAAUAUAAUUUUCAUGAGAAGUACAAAACACUAGAAACUAUGCUUUAUAUACUAAUCGCUGGUUGCCCCUCGGUAGCAAUCUUCACUAUGAAUGAUCGCACUGGAUUAGAAUGGAUGAUUGUUGGUGGUGUUGUCUACAUCGCUGGAGUAAUAUUCUUCAAAAUGGAUGGCAUAAUACCUUUUGCUCACGCAAUUUGGCACAUACAUGUUUUGAUAGGUGCCUCGUGUCAUACCUACGCUGUGUACUCGACUUUGCUUGGACCCGAUCCAAAUAAUCCAGUUCCAGAUAUUUCUCACAUUGAAUUUUAA